AUGAUGUCGACCGCCGCCGCCGCCGCGAUUCCCCACCUGAACACGGCGAACUUUGAUGCGUGGCUGAACCAGCUCGACGCGUUUCUCUUUGAUUGCGACGGAGUGUUGUGGCGUGGGGAUGCAGCGAUCGUCGGCGCGAAAGAAGCCAUCGCGCUACUCCGUGCACGUGGAAAGAAAGUUGUCUUCGUGACCAACAACUCGACCAAAUCGCGCGACACUUACGUCAAGAAGCUCGAGAGCCAAGGAAUCCCUGCCGUCGUCGAUGACAUUGUCACAUCUGCCUCGGCGUGUGCUGCGUACCUGAAGAAGACAAGUGUCCAAGGCAAGGUCUAUGUCGUUGGCGAAGCUGGCCUGGCCACGGAAGUGUCUGCGCAAGGCUUUGAGAACUUUGGUCUGGCCGACAACGGCAAGACAUCGCUGCCGCAUCCAUUCAAGGUCGACCCGGCGGUUGGCGCCGUCGUCAUUGGGCUCGAUCGUGGCAUCUCGUACUACAAGCUAUCGUAUGCCGCGACAUGCAUCUUGCAGAACCGUGGCUGCAAGUUCUUCGCGACCAACAAUGACCCGACAUUCCCCACGGACGGCGCGAUUCUUCCCGGCGGUGGUGCAUGUGUGGCGGCGUUGCAGACGGCGGUUGGCCGCGAACCAGACGCCAUCAUCGGAAAACCCAACCAAGCGCUCCUUCAAACGAUCUUGUCGACGCAUUCCCUCGAUCCGUCGCGCACAUGCAUGGUGGGCGAUCGCUUGUCAACGGACAUUGAGUUCGGUCGCCGAGGAGGCCUACACACGCUGCUCGUCAUGUCGGGCUGCACGACCUACGAAGAGAAAGCCGCAAUUGCCGACGAACAUCAACGACCCGACUACUACGUCGAGGACGUGGACGUGCUCAACGCGCUCGCUAAGUAG